UUCCUGGCUAAACCUUCAUUCGACCCGCCACCUCGCUGCAACAUCCUCCUUCCCCUCUCCACCCCACACCUGCGUUUCCUUCUCGUUACCUCGUCUCUCUGCACCUUCCUCUGCUUCUGCCUUUGCCUAUGUGUAUAUAUCUGUAGUGUGUAUAUCUAUAUCUGUAUAUAUAUAUAUAUAUAUAUAUAUAUCAUAUAAGAGAGAGGAUUUCGAUCUGUCCCGGUUUUCUUUUCUCCCAAAAAUGGGAAAUGCUAACGGUACAGAAGGAGGCAGUGGGAUUGGGAGGGAUGAUGAAGAUCCGUUAUCAGGAAGGAGAUCGAAUGGUGAAUCGGGGUUUGGUUACAACCACGCGCCCAAUUCCCAUCCUCCGGAGCGCGUGCCUUCCUCCGAUUCAAUGGGGAACAAUACCCCUCCUCAGAGCCCCCGACGCUCUCGAUCCCCCAUCUUGUUCGCUCCUCAGGUUCCACUAGCUCCCUUGCACAGGGAUGAUGCCCCCCUCUUUUCCAACAGCAUCUGGCAGAAUGAAUCUCAGGGAGUUGUUGAUCAUCCGCCUGAGCGAGGAAUCCCUACCAUGAUUACAUGGAGCUAUGGUGGUUCCAAUGUUGCAGUUGAGGGAUCUUGGGACAACUGGAAAUCAAAGAAAUUACUUCAGAGAUCUGGUAAAGACCACUCAAUUCUUAUGGUCCUGCCAUCAGGUAUAUUCCAUUACAGGUUCAUUGUUGAUGGUGAAUGGAGAUAUAUCCCAGAUCUUCCUUUUGCAGCUGACGAAAUCGGCCGUGUUUGUAAUCUUCUCGAUGUUCAUGAUCAUGUGCCUGAAAACCUUGAGAGCGUGGCUGAGUUUGAGGCUCCACCUUCACCAGACUACAGCUAUAGUCAGGUUUUACCAGCAGAGGAGGAUUUUGCAAAGGAGCCUGUGGCUGUUCCGGCCCAACUGCAUCUAACCGUCCUGGGUAUGGAGAACUCAGAUGAAGCUUCUUCUUCAAAGCCUCGGCAUGUUGUGCUCAAUCACGUUUUCAUGGAGAAAGGUUGGGCUUCUCAGUCUGUGGUUGCCUUGGGACUAACCCAUCGGUUCCAGUCUAAAUAUGUCACGGUUGUCCUCUACAAACCACUCAAAAGGUAGAACUCCCACUUUUGAAGCUCAAUUCUGCAAAUGAAAAGAUUGAAAAAUGAUUUUACAGUUAACCGUGAAGGUAUCUUUGUCUAUAGAACAUCUCCAUAUUUUAACUCGUGACCAUGUUCUGUCACACAGCACACCUUAAUUUCAUCCUUUGCUUAUGGAACCCUUUUUCCUUCCUGUAAAUAGUGGAAAACAAUGAUCUACUUUCCA